AUGAAUACUAUUCCAUUGACAGCAGUGGACCAACAUUGGAGGAGGCUUACAUCAACAUUUGCACCUGAUGAAUCCCAACCUGUUUUGGGAUUGAGCAUUGCGAUAGAGUUAGAAGUCAUUGCAAAGAUGUUUGAAGAAGCUAACGUUUCCAGAAGACAAACUAUCAAAGAGAGGCUUCCGGAGAUUGCAUACCCGGAUCAGACUCCUAUGUGUCAUCCUCCAAACAAGUUGCCUACAAGAGGUCGGCCCAAUGAACCUAAGGGUUCUACCAGACGCAUUCCUUGUUCUUGGGAGAAUGUUGAUGCAGUACUUGGGUCAAAGCAAGGUAGCAACUCAUUAGCUCCACAAGGCAAGGGGCGUAAGACCCGCUCAACAAAACGGAAGAGAAUUCCUUCCAAUCAAUCUGCACCUAAGAAGAGAAGCAAGGGGAUAGCAAGCAAGUCAGCUCAACUCCCGCCGCAGCACCCGAAAGGCAAAGUUUACUCGACCAACUACAUCUAUGAAGUGCCCGAAUUCCUUCGUGAGUAUGUCAUUGACAUUCACAAUGUUGAAGAUGAUGGCAAUUGUGGAUAUAGAUGCAUUUCUUCCUUGAUGGGUAAGGGAGAACAAAAUUGGAAGCAAGUCCGACAAGACAUGAUAAAGGAGCUUACAUUACGGCAAGGUGUUUAUCAUGGUAUGUAUGGCACCGACAAACAUUACGAAAAAGUACUACAAGCCUUGCAUCUUGCUCCAAAUGAGUUUGCAACGGAGGAGAAGUGGUUAUUCGUGCCGGAUCUGAGCCACAUUGUUGCUACGAUGUACCAGGUUGUGUUCGUGACCUUGUCGAAUCGAGGGGGCUCCACCUACUUCCCUCUCACCGGUCCAGUGCUACAUCCGUCAGAGCACCAGAUUAUAUGUUUACUCCUUGUCAACAACAACCACUGGGUGAAGAUGCUUAUUUCAACUGACUUUCCUUUGCCAACGGUUAAUCCACAAUGGAUUUAUCAUUGUACUGUUGAAGCUCGUGGUUGGCAGCUACCAUACCUGGAUCGCAUGGCCCUAUUCAACAAACUCUCCCGAGAGGCAAACAUACAUAAGGUCGAUGGAGGAAUCAUAAAUCUCGCUGAAGAUUAG